UUUAAGCGGAGAGCCUGCAGUCUGUCGCGCACUCGUCAUGCACUUAGAAGUUAUUUCUUCUGAGAAAGAAAUCUUGAAUUUGGAUUCUUCUCAAGAUGCUCUGAAGAAUAGCAAACGCUGUAUGGGACAUCCUCUUCAAAAUCAUGACAAAAGACAAUGGAGUCAUCCUCAGAAAUUUUGUUUUUCUUGUGACUUUCACAUCUGAAGUUACAACCCUAUUCUCUGAUAAAAAUGAAUUUGCAGUUGACAUGUCAAAUGUAGGCCUUACUCAUGUUCCAGAGGACUUGCCACUCAAGACUGAAGUCUUAGAUAUGUCUCAAAACUAUAUAGCUGAACUUCGCCUCUCUGAUUUCCGAUAUCUGCCGAAGCUGAAAGUUUUAAGUCUUUCCCACAAUAAACUGUGGUACCUUGAUUUCAGUAUUUUCAAGUUCAACUUGGAUUUGGAAUAUUUGGAUUUGUCUUAUAAUCAGUUGAAGAGCAUUACUUGCCAUUCUAUCACAAGUCUUAAGCACCUAGACCUCUCGUUCAAUGACUUUGAUGCCCCGCCUAUCUGUAAAGAAUUUGGCAACUUGACACAACUGAUUUUCUUAGGAUUAAGUGCUGCAAAGUUACAACUAGAUCUGCUACCAAUUGCUCACUUGCAUCUUGAGUGUAUCCUUCUGGAGUUAGAACACUAUUAUGCAAAAGAAAACGAGGGAGAAAGUUUCCAAGUCUUGAAUACAAAAGCACUUCACUUAAUUUUUCACCCAAAUAGUUUGUUUUCUGUUCAAGCAAACAUAUCAGUCAAUGCUUUAGAGCGCUUACAACUGACUAAUAUUAAACUGAAUGAUGUCAACUGCCAAGUUUUAAUGAAAUUUUUAUCAGAACUUACUAGAGGUCCAAGUCUUCUGAAUUUAACCCUCAACCACAUAGAAACAACGUGGAAGUGUUUGGUUAGGGUUUUUCAAUUCCUUUGGCCCAAACCUAUAGAAUACCUGAAUAUUUACAAUUUAACGAUAGUUGAAAGAAUUGAUAAAGAACAUUUUAUUUAUUCUAGGACAGCCCUGAAAUCACUGAAAAUAGAGCAUAUUACAAAUAGAGUUUUCCUUUUCUCCCAGAACACGUUAUACACAGUGUUUUCUGAGAUGAACAUUAUGAUGCUCACCCUAUCAAACACACCUUUUAUCCACAUGCUUUGCCCCCAGGCCCUGAGCACAUUCACGUUCUUGAACUUUACCUAUAAUGUUUUCACAGACAGUGUUUUUCAAAACUGCUCCACUUUGGUUAAGUUGGAAACUCUCAUCUUACAAAAGAAUGAAUUAAAAGGCCUUUUAAAGGUAGGGCUCAUGACGAAGGACAUGUUCUCUUUGAAAAUACUGGACGUUAGUGAGAAUUCUUUAGAAUAUCAUAGGCAGGAGGGAAAUUGCACUUGGGCCUGGAGCAUUGUGGUGUUAAAUCUGUCUUCAAAUCUGCUCACGGACUCUGUUUUCAGAUGCUUACCUCUCAGGGUCAAGGUUCUCGAUCUUCACAAUAACAGAAUAAGGAGCAUUCCAGAUGCUGUCAAUAGUCUGGAAGCUUUGGAGGAACUCAAUGUUGCCUUCAACUCUUUAACCAACUUGCCCGGAUGCGGCGCCUUUAGCAGUCUUUCCGUACUGACCAUUGACUACAAUGCCAUUUCCAAUCCAGCCGCUGAUUUCUUCCAGAACUGCCAAAAGAUCAGGUCACUAAGAGCCGGGAACAACCCAUUCCAGUGUACAUGUGAGCUGAGGGAGUUUAUCCAGCGUGUAGGCCAAGCCCCAAGGGCAGUGGUAGAGGACUGGCCUGCUUCCUACACGUGUGACUAUCCAGAAAGCGCCAAGGGAACCCCACUGCAGGACUUCCGUGUGUCUCAACUAUCGUGCAGCCCCUCUCUGCUGCUGGCCACUGUGGUGGGCACUGUGCUGGUGUGGGCCAUAGGCACGACCGUCCUCUGUGUCUACUUUGAUGUGCCCUGGUAUCUCAGGAUGGUGUGCCAGUGGACCCAGACCCGGCGCAGAGCUAGGAAUGUAGACUUAGAGGAACUGCAAAGAGCUCUCCAGUUCCAUGCCUUCAUUUCAUACAGCGGGCACGAUUCUGCCUGGGUGAAGAGUGAAUUACUGCCCAACUUGGAAAAGGAAGAUAUCCGGGUCUGUCUUCAUGAGAGAAACUUUGUCCCAGGCAAGAGCAUUGUGGAGAACAUCAUCAACUGCAUAGAGAAGAGCUACAAAUCCAUCUUUGUCUUGUCUGGCCAUUUUGUGCAGAGCGAGUGGUGCCACUAUGAGCUCUACUUUGCCCACCACAACUUGUUUCAUGAAGGGUCUGAUAACUUAAUCCUGAUCUUGCUGGAACCCAUUGCACAGGACUGCAUUCCCAGCAAGUAUCACAAGCUGAGGGCUCUCAUGACAAAGAGGACUUAUUUGGAGUGGCCCAAGGAAAAAGCCAAACAGGGUCUAUUCUGGGCGAACAUUAAAGCUGCUUUCAAUGUGAAAUUAACGUUGAUGACAGAAAACAAUGUGGGAGCAUCUUUUUGAAAAGUGGAAUAAUACAGCUUAAUUGCAAACCAUCUUUAACUUAGAUUCCAACAAGCACUAUGAUUUUCCAUAUUAUCUGUAUGAGACUUCCAUAUUUGCACACAUGUGAGAAAGUUUUUCAUGGCGAGGGUGCUGCAGCUAACCUGGAGAAGCUGGCUAAAGACUAAGGUGGAUAUUUUCCCUUUGGAGAUAGUUUAAUUGCUUCUGGAUUAACCUUCUACUCCAAAUGAAAAUGGUUUUCCUAGAGAGAGUAUAGUGAGUAAAGCACCUGCCUUGCAUGCAACUGACCUGGAUUUCAUCUCCAGCACCCCAUAUGAUUCCCUGAGCACUGCUAGGAGUGAUUCCUGAGCACAAAGCCAGGAGUAGUACUGAGCACUGCCAGAUGGAGCUCCAAUAACAAAUGAAAACACUCCUGGGCCAGAGAGGUAUUACAAAGAUGAAGUCGCUUGCCUUGCAUCCCACCUACACUGGCUCCAUCCCAGCACAUGGUCUCAGGAGUGAAUGGCUGAAGCCCCUCCCUCAAAGAACUAUCAGCAUAUCAAAUAUUUAAAAUAUGACAUGAUCAUGUAUGAAUUUUUUUUGUAAUCAGAGCAGUCUCAUUUGAGUAAAGGCUCAGUCACUCAAAGACACUGCUUAUUGCUCUCUGCCAGAUGGAUUUCGUGUGAGCAGGGGUUCAGAGCACCAGGAAAGUUAACCUCUGAGCUGUGGGGGACAGUCCUGAGUAUCCUGUGGCUCCUCAUUGUCCUCUGGGUAAGCAUUGACAUCUUCAAUCCAGCGGUUCAU